AUGUUUGUUUGCGGACUAAAGUCAGAUGGAGACGGCGAAAUACGAACGCGGCUGCUGGCGAAAAUUGAAGAACGUGAUGACGUCACACUAGAGCAUCUUUCGGAAGAUUGUCAGCGAUUGUUGUGCCUGAAGCGAGACACGGCAAUGAUCGAGUCAUCAGCAUCAACGUCAUCAGUGAAUUUCAUCAAGCGAAAACAGCAGUUUUCAAAACGUCAACUUUUCGAAAUCGAUUUGAUGGAUACUUUCGGUCUCUUUUCAUUACCCAUUAGCAUGUAUUGCAACAACGUCAGUGUUCCUGCUAUCACUUUGCAGUCACUCAAAGCGGCAUACCCGAGUGUAUUUAGAAACGAGUUAGGGUUGUGCACGAAAACAAAAGUGAAAUUGGAACGGAAACUAGAUGCAACUCCAGUUUUUCGUCCGAAACGUCCAGUGGCUUAUGCAGUACACAGCAUGGUUGACAACGAACUUGACCGACUGGAACGAGCAAAAAUCAUCACACCGGAAGACUUUUCAGACUGGGCAGCACCCAUCGUCGUUGUCAGAAAAACGAACGGGUCCAUUCGCAUUUGCGGAGAUUACUCUACAGGGCUCAACAAUGCACUGCAACCGCAUCAGUACCCAUUACCGCUACCGGAGGAGAUUUUCAACAAGUUGGCUAAUUGUACUGUAUUUAGCCGAAUCGACCUGUCGGAUGCGUUCCUGCAAGUAGAGGUGGACGAAAGUAGUCGUGAUUUACUAACCAUCAACACCCAUAGUGGACUCUACCGGUACAAUCGUCUGCCACCGGAAGUCAAAACAGCACCGGGAGCUUUCCAGCAACUUAUCGAUACAAUGCUGGGAGGUCUUCCUCAUACGUGUGGUUAUUUGGAUGACGUCGUCGUUGGUGAUGUCACUACUGAGACACACUGGGAAAACCUUCGCGCAGUGUUUCAAAGAAUCAGCGAGUUUGGAUUUACCAUCCGAGUGGAAAAGUGCAUCUUUGCUGAGCCUCAAAUCAAAUAUGUAGGUCAUCUGCUUGACCGCAAUGGCCUUCGCCCGGAUCCAGCAAAAGUUCAAGCCAUUAACGUAAUGCCACCGCCCACUGAUGUAUCUGGUGUUCGGUCCUUCCUUGGAGCAAUUAAUUACUACGCGAAGUUCGGCAAUGCUGACAUACUUUCCCGUCUGAUCAGCCAGCACGUCAGGCCUAAGGAAGAUUAUGUGAUUGCUUCGGUCUCUCUGGAAAAUGACUUAAGGAUCGUAGACAGUCUACACAGUCCGAUCCCAUUACCAAGGCAGUUUAUCGUUACCUCCUUGAUGGGUGGCCUGAGACCACAACCGAUGCAGAGCUCAAACGGUUUUAUGCUCGACGUGAAUCCCUUACCACGGUACAAGGCUGCAUACUAUUCGGCGAUCGACUGGUUAUACCAUCGCCCCAUCGCAAGCGUAGUCUUCAUCAACUUCAUCGUGGCCACCCUGGAAUUCAGCGAAUGA